AUGUCGGCUAGACCUUCUGGAUAUUAAUAAUUUAAAGAUGAGGAAUAAUUUGUUAGUAAUAGAUAAGAAAAAGCAGUAAAUGUAAGUGCAGGAGCUCUUAGUAAAGGAGCUGGAUCUGUUGAUUUUCCUAUAGAUUAAAUACCUCCUAACUUUGAGUUAGCAGAAUUACAUCGAGUAUUAUUUGAAUAUUAAUUUAAUUAAGGAAGCAUGGAAUGUUGGGACAACUAAGUUAUCAAAAAGAUAAUAACGUAGAUUAUAAUAACAUAGCAAAACUGCAUCAAAUAAUAAUGAAAAUAAUAUGAUUGGAAAAAUAUGUGAUUGUUGUGCUAGAUAAGUUCCUAAUCAUUUACUUACUUUAGGUUGUAAUAAUAAAGAUUAUUCAUUUUUGGGAGCAGGUAUGAUAUAACAUUUAUAUUAAGGUAUGCCCUUAUAUUUUGAGUAUAUUAAAUCUUGUAUUCUAAUGCUAUUAAUUAUAUUUGUAACUUCGGGAGAUUACAAUAUUAUUACAAAUAUUGCUUUUGGCAAAUCUUGUGAAGUUUUAAAGGCAGAACUUAAAGGUUAAAAUAUAGAUGAAAAACAGUUCUGUUAACUUAAUUGGGUUACUUAAUCAUCUUUAGCUAAUAAAAGAAAUGGAGAUCAAUUUAUAGAUCUAUAAUAAAUGUUGAAUCUCAUUUCUAUGAUUACAUUAAUUCUACUCUUUUAAUAUUUCAGAAAAGAAUAAAGAACUUUUGAUUCAGAAAUAGAUUCAUAAACUUAAUAUGCUUCUGAUUUCACUAUCUUAUUAAAAAAUAUUCCAACUGAUCCUAAUGGAUUAUAAAAUGGAGAUUUUGAUGAAGAUUUAAAAAACUUUUUAGAAUAAUAUGUUCAAACAUAUCCUAAAUUACCUGAAAUUGUUGACUAUGAACAAGAUAGAAAAUAAUAUUAAAUUUAAUAAAAAAUACCAUCUAAAGAUUUAAAAAGAGUAGUUUCUGUCAAUUUAUGUUAUAACUUAGAUGAAUAAUAUUAACUUGAAUUAUAAAAACAAUCUAAAAUAGCAUAAAAACAGAAAGUAUUUACAUUUAUUUAAUUAGAUUCUUUCUUAAUUAUAUGGUUAAGGUAAAGAUCCUGAAAGUUCAGAAAUUAAGAAUGAUCCUUAAAUUAUUACUAUAGAUAAUGAUAUAUAAACAAUUGAAUCUAAAUUAGAAGAUUUAGAAAAAAAAUUUAUUGAAGGUCGAGAUGUCAAAAACUAUUUUUUAGGACAAGCAUUUGUAACCUUUUAGUGGGAAAAUGAUGUUUAAUAAAUUUUAAAUGAACAUAAACUUUCUAAAUUUUAAAGAUUACUAGGAAAAAAAAGCAAAUUAUAAUAUAGAGGUGUUUCUUUAAUUGUAGAAGAACCUCCUGAACCUACUGACGUAUUUUGGGAAAAUCUUCAUAUAACAACAAAAUAAAAGAUUUUAAGAAGAUUAUUUGGUUAUACCAUUACAGCAAUCAUUUUAGCUAUAUGUGGAGGACUUAUUUAUUGGUUAUCUGCUAUAUAAGCUGAAAGUGCAGAAGAAUAAGCAGAAGCCAUAAAAAAAGGAGAUUUAUCUCCAAAUUUUAAAGUCAAAUUAAUUGCUUAAGUAGCAUCAAUUUCAAUUAUUGUAAUUAAUGCUUUAUUGGCAAUGAUCAUUAAAAAUGUUUCUUUAUUUGAAAGAUUUUCAACACAAACUGGAUAUAACAUUAGUUUGGCAAGUAAAUCAAGUAUGGCCUAAUUUGUAAAUACUGCUGUUAUAACAUUUGCCAUAAGUACAUGGGUUACCAAAAAUAUUUAUGGAACUGGAGGACUUGUUUAUAAUUAGACAUAUGUUUUUUUAUCAAAUGCUUUUAUACCUGCAAUAGUUUCUUUAAUUGAUGCUGGUACUUUGUCUAAAUGGGUGUUUUAAUAUUUAGAAAAAAAAAAGGGAAAUAAAUCUCUUAAAACAUAGAAAUAAUUACAUGAGUAAUAUAAUUAGUUAUAAAUUAGAUUAUAUGAAAGACCAAUUUUUGAUAUUUCUGUUUCUUAUGCUACUAUUUUAAAGAAUAUGUAUGUUGUUGCAUUCUAUGCAUCUGUCAUUCCUUUAGCAUUAAUAAUAACUUGCUUUGCUUUACUUUUUCAUUAUUGGAUUGAAAAAUAUAACAUAGCAAGAAGAAGAACAAUUAAAUAUAACUACAGUUCUUAAAUGUCUAUUGAAAUGAUUGAGUAAUUAGAACUAGUCUUACCAAUUUAUUGUGUAUAUGUUUAUUUAAACAAAGGGAACUAAUUUGUGGUGGGAAUAUGUUUUUUUAGGAUCUAUUUCAACAGAAGCCAUUAUAGGAAUAUGUUUAGGACUAGGAAAUGCUAUUUUGCCUAUGCAUGAAAUAAAUGAAGCUGUUUUUCCUUUGAAAUCUGAAAUAGAUGAACAUCUUCCAAUUUAAGAAGCUGAAGCUGGAUUUUUAACUGUAUCAAUUUAUAUAAUUAUUUAUAUAGGAUUAUUGUAGAGAAAAUCCUGCAACUGCUGAAACAGCCAGAUAACAAUAUAAAAUUAGGGUUGAAAAGCAUAAAUAAUAAAAAAUAAAUAUGGAUAAAAUGUUUGGAGAUUCAUGAAAUAAAUAG